GCCCUUUCCCUGGGCCGGGCAGUCUCCACGGCCAUGUGAUCCUGAGGCUUCUGGGACGCUCCGGAACAGCUGGGAGAAGUGGGGGUCGCGGGGGUCGCGGGCGUCCCUGGGAGGGGGCGACAUGGAGCGGAGGUGGGUCUUCGUGCUGCUGGACGUGCUGUGCGUGCUGGUUGCUUCCCUGCCCUUCAUCAUCCUGACCCUGGUGAACACACCAUACAAACGAGGGUUCUACUGUGGAGAUGACUCCAUCCGGUACCCGUACCGUCCAGACACAAUCACCCAUGGACUCAUGGCCGGGGUCAUCAUCACAGCCACUGUCAUCCUUGUCUCAUCGGGGGAGGCCUACCUGGUGUACACAGAGCGUCUCUAUUCUCGCUCCGACUUCAACAACUAUGUGGCUGCCAUCUACAAGGUGUUGGGGACCUUCCUGUUUGGGGCUGCCGUGAGCCAGUCUCUGACCGACCUGGCCAAGUACAUGAUCGGCCGUCUGCGACCCAGCUUCUUGGCUGUCUGUGACCCUGACUGGAGCCGGGUCAACUGCUCUGGCUAUGUGCAGCUGGAAGUGUGCAGGGGCAGCCCUGCCAAUGUCACUGAAGCCAGGCUGUCCUUUUACUCCGGGCACUCCUCCUUUGGCAUGUACUGCAUGUUGUUCCUGGCGCUAUACGUGCAGGCCCGGCUCUGCUGGAAGUGGGCACGGCUGCUGAGGCCCACGGUUCAGUUCUUCUUGGUGGCCUUUGCAAUCUAUGUGGGCUACACCCGAGUGUCUGACCAUAAGCACCACUGGAGUGAUGUCCUCGUCGGCCUCCUGCAAGGAGCCCUGGUUGCCUGCCUCACGGUCCGCUAUGUUUCAGACUUCUUCAAAUCAAGGCCGCCCCAGCCCUGCCAGGAGGAUGAGGAACCCGAGCGCAAGCCUAGUCUGUCACUGACACUGACUCUCGGCGAGGACCUUAGCCACUAUGAAUACCCAGUCUCUUCCUGCUUUGGAAGCUGGGAAGCCACCUGCAGGCCAGCCCUGGUCAGGCACUACUGGCUUUGGAGCUGCCCCAGGGUCCCGUCUGGUGACCAUUGACUAGGAUCUUGGGUGCCUGGCUGGCUCUGAGUGUGGGCCAGGGUCCAUCCAGGAACAUAUGCACACGUGUGUGCCCUAGGAACAUAUGCACAUGGCCUCUAAAACAUAAGGUCCUGCUCUGAGAGCUGUCUCUCACCACCAAGGGCUUUUCAAGGAGGGCCAUCUCUGCAUGGCCCCAGGAAUGGACUGAUCUGAGAUGGUACAUGAAGUCAGCACCCUCCCUGACAGUCCUACAGGCAGUGAACGAACCCCUUGUCUGCCUGGGUGGGGCAGUUGGCCAGGGCUUUGGGCAGGGAUCACAAGUGUGAAAGAAGGAUGCUAAACCUUGGGCUUCCUAGGAGCCUGGGUGGCCUGAAAGGUCAUACGUGGCUUUGGGUCUGAACCCUGCAGAAGAUUCCCACUCAAGGCCCCAAGCCCCUCCCUCAAGCUUGAUGUCCAGUCCUGCCUCCACUCCAGAUAUGUAGCCAGGCUUUGGAAGUGGCUCCUGGGUCUGACAUUCCCAUCUAUUUCAGGACACUUAAAGUUGUUUUUUCACGGGAGGGUGAGUUAUAAACUUUGUACCAAAUGUC